AUGGAAGCUUCGAUUUCUGCAGUGGAGAUAAUAAUCGGUUACAGUUUUCAAAACAAGAAGCUUCUUGAACAAGCCCUUACCCAUACUUCUUACCCUGAAUCUGUUUCUUACGAGCGUCUUGAGUUCUUCGGCGACGCUGUUUUAGGUCUCGCCAUCAGCAACCAUCUCUUCCUCUCUCACUCCUCCGUUGAUACUGGUACACUCUCUCUCCUCCGUGCCGCUAAUGUUAGCACUGAGAAACUCGCUCGCGCCGCCGUUCGUAAUGGUCUACACCCUUAUGUCCGUCAUAACACGCUUUCUAUUGUUGAUAUUAUUAACGAGUUUGUUGAUGCGGUUAAUUCUGAAGAUGAUUGUGUUGUUGUUAAGUAUGGUGGUUCCGUCAAAGCUCCAAAGAUUCUUGCUGAUAUUGUUGAGUCUAUUGCUGCUGCGGUUUAUGUUGAUGUUGAUUUCGACCUGAAAAGAUUAUGGGCGAUAAUAAAAGGUGUUUUGGAGCCGAUAGUGACACUUGAUGAUUUGGAACAUAAACCGCAACCUGUGACCAUGCUUUUUGAGAUGUCCCAAAAAAAUGGGAAAAAAGUUGACAUACAACAGCAGAGGAAUGGUGCCAAAAUCACUGCAAGUGUCUAUGUUGAUGGGGAGUUGAUUGCAUCCGCUUCCUCUGAUCAAAAGGAUAUUGCUAGGCUUGAAGCUGCCAAGGCUGCCUUGCAUCAGCUGGAAUGCUUACUGCCUGCCACUACCGUGAUGCCUGAAUGUUGUGUCGGCAUUGAUGGCACUUUUGAAGUUGAAGCUGCCAAGCAAAAAUUAUACGCAAUUUGUGGCAUGAAAAAGUGGCCCAGACCAGUAUACAGCAUUGAGAAAGAUGAAGGCACUUCUCAAGAUAAGAAAUUUGUCAGUGCUGUUCAGAUAGUUACUCCAGCUGCCACACUUCAAAUGUCUGGAGAUGAGAAAUCUCGGGUGAAGGAUGCAGAGAACUCUGCAGCUUCCUUGAUGAUUCGGGCCUUACAACAUCACAAAUAUGUGUGA